UUCCGCUGUUUCUUGGUAGAAAGAUACUGAAAAGGUACCACCGCCCAUCGAUCUUUUUCCUUUCAAGAGAAGUACAGCACCCUCUCACAAUCAUCCACUUCACACACACUCGCUCAAACACACACACACAGACCUCUCUACCAUUUCUCGUACUCGGGCUGAAUCCGGAAAAGCUUCAAGUGUGUCGUGGAAGAUAAAAGAUCGGAACUUUUUUUGACCCCUCGUACCGCAAAAACAUAUGCUAUAAAAGGAAUGAACCCACUGUUGCCGGCAAGUUUUAAUCGCAGACACGAAAAGAAACCCGUGGGGUGAACAGAAAAAAAGGGCUUUUGGCCCUGUGGUUAUAAUUUGCCCGUUUUCAUAUUUCUGUUAAUCCUUUUUGGGUGUGUUUUUGGAAUGGGAAGUGCUGGUGAGGAGCCCUUUAAGGGCAUCGAUGGAUCAGUUGGUGGGCUGGUAUGGGUCCGAAGGAGGAAUGGGUCAUGGUGGCCGGCCCAAAUUGUCAGCCCGGAUGAACUUCCAGACGGUUGUUUGCCUGCACCAAGAUCAGGAACCCCUGUGAAACUCCUUGGUAGAGAGGAUGCUAGCGUGGAUUGGUACAACCUCGAGAAGUCAAAACGUGUGAAAGCCUUUCGCUGUGGGGAAUACAAUGAAUGCAUAGAGAAGGCAAAGGCAUCCACAUCCCAUAUCUCUAAAAAGGCGGUCAAAUAUGCCAGGCGAGAGCAUGCUAUCCUUCACGCCCUGGAGCUCGAGAGUGCCCACGUGGGGAAAGAUUUUCCAAGUUUAGCCUUAGCCCCCUUAAAAAAUCCUCCAGAAAUCGGCAAACCCCAUCAGAAUAUGCGAUUACCCUUGAACGAACAAAAUCAAGAAGAUUUCAUAGAAAAUUCAAGUGAUUCAGUGGAAGAAUCAAAUUCGGCACCUGAACUAUCCCAAUCUGGGGUCUCUUUCGAGGAGCCGAAAACGUGUUUUGACGAAAUUAAGGAAGAUUGUAAACUGAAAAAGAUCCCGGACGACUCGGAAGACGAAGGCUUUGAAGGAGUGAAAAAGCGUAUGAAGGGGCUUGAGGACUUAGGCAUGGGCUUCAGGUCCUCGUCAGGGAAGAAAAGGCCUCGAGUGGGCCAUGCCUCAGAGUUCUUGAAAAAGAAGAACAAACGCCGAACUCUGUCGAAAGUGUUGGAGUGCACACCGAUGGUCUGUGUGCCUGUCGUAUGUGAACAUUUGUCCAGCUUGACUGAGCCUUGUGUUCUGGCUGACAGCAAGAUACCAAGAACUGAUGAAUCGAACGAGUCUAAUAAGAUGAACAAUAAUAAUAACUCUGAUAGCACGAUCACUGGAGUCUCGUGUGAGAAUGUGGUAUCGUUGAGUAUAAUGUCCAGGAAUAAUGGAGAUGGUUGUAAGAUGAAGGAGAAUGAGAUUUCUAGUGUGGUCGGAGUUUGUGAAGACGGGAGGUUGUUUGAUGUACCACUUGUUACUGAAGAAAAGGAGCAAUCAGAAGAAAAAGCCUCCCACUGGCAGUCGAAGGGCAAGCGCAACUCCCGGCCCAGGAGAACCGAGCCCGAGGUAGUACCACCUUUGGUGGGCCCCACCCUCCUAGAAAUCCGGGCCGACGAGUUCCGCAACUGGAGCUGGGAUUCCGGGGGCCCGAAAUCUCACUCGCGGGCCCCACAGAGGCCCGAUUUGCACGAUGUGAACGUGGAGGUUCGGACGGGCUUCACCCGGGCCCAACACGUCCCCUACAUCUCGCUCAUGAGCAGGCUCAACGGGCGGCCUGUGACUGGCCACCCGAUUUCGGUCGAGGCCUUGGAAGAUGGGCUUUGCGAUGAUUUGGUGCUCGAAUGCCACGUCAGCAGCAGCUCUGGGAUGGACCUGUCCCAAUUCCGGAGGCCACGUGGCAAGAGCAGGUCUAAGUCGAAGCUGAAGAGAAACGGGCCCAAAAACGGGCUUUUGUCCAAGAAAAUUAGGAAGCUGUCCUCGUUAACGGGCUGCAGGAAGCAGAAGAGCCUACGCGAGAAGAAGAAGCCCGUUUUGGAAAAGCUGAAGGGCCCAUCUAUAGCUUGUGUGCCAUUGAAGGUAGUUUUCAGUAGGAUUAAUGCGGCGCUGAGUGGUUUGGCUCGAUCCACGCCUCCUCGUGUGAUGGGAAUGAGCGGCACUUGAUUUCUCGAUUUUUUUUUUUCUGGAAAAAAAUAAAAUAAAAAAUUGAUAUCUGUGAAAUGAUGCUGUAACUGGUCUGAAUGUAGAAAUCCUUUGUAGUGAGUGAAAGUGUUGCUGGCUGAUUAGGUGUGUAUAUAAUGAAAACAUUGUUUCAGCUGUUUUUUC